CAUGGCCAGGAUUUGCUGUGCCCUGCUGCUCUCGCUGCUGCUGCUCCUGCACAGCCCGGGCGCCUGCGGGGCCCCUCCGCAGCCCCGCGGCACCCUGUGCAGGACCAAGCCCACGGACCUGGUGUUCAUCAUCGACAGCUCUCGCAGCGUGCGGCCGCACGAGUUUGAGAAGAUCAAGGUGUUCGUGUCGCGCGUGAUCGAGGCGCUGGACGUGGGCCCCAAUGCCACCCGCGUGGGCGUCAUCAACUACGCCAGCGCCGUGCGCAGCGAGCUGUCCCUGCAGGGCCCCCAGAGCAAGGCAGCCCUGCUGCAGGCCGUGCGCAGGAUCCAGCCCCUCUCCACGGGCACCAUGACGGGCCUGGCCAUCCAGUUUGCCAUCAGCCGCGCCUUCAGCGCCACCGAGGGCGGCAGGGGCAGCGCGCCCAACUUCAAAAAGGUGGCCAUCGUGGUGACCGACGGCCGGCCCCAGGACGGGGUGCAGGACGUGUCCGCCCGGGCCAGGGCCGCGGGCAUCGAGAUCUUUGCCAUCGGCGUGGGCAGGGUGGACAUGGGCACGCUGAGGCAGAUGGCCAGCGAGCCCCUGGACGAGCACGUGGACUACGUGGAGAGCUACAGCGUCAUCGAGAAGCUGACCCACAAGUUCCAGGAGGCUUUCUGUGUGGUGUCUGACCUGUGUGCCACGGGGGACCACGACUGCGAGCAGGUGUGUGUCAGCGCCCCGGGGACCUACAGGUGUGCCUGCAGGGACGGCUUCAGCCUCAACAGUGAUGGCAAGACCUGCACUGCUUGCAAUGGUGGCUUGGGGUCUGCUCUGGAUCUUGUGUUCCUCAUCGAUGGCUCCAAGAGUGUGAGGCCUGAGAACUUCGAGCUGGUGAAGAAAUUCAUCAACCAAAUUGUGGAUUCGCUGGAGGUGUCGGACAAACAGGCCCAGGUCGGGCUGGUGCAGUACUCCAGCUCCGUCCGGCAGGAGUUCCCCCUGGGGCAGUUCAAGAGCAAGAAGGACAUCAAAGCAGCAGUGAAGAAAAUGUCCUACAUGGAGAAGGGGACCAUGACAGGCCAGGCUCUGAAGUACCUCGUUGACAGCUCCUUCUCCGUCAUCAACGGAGCCCGGCCCGGGGUCCCCAAGGUGGGGAUUGUCUUCACUGAUGGGCGCUCACAGGAUUAUAUCUCAGAUGCUGCCAAGAAAGCCAAGGACUCAGGAUUUCGGAUGUUUGCCGUGGGAGUGGGCAACGCCGUGGAGGACGAGCUGAGGGAGAUUGCCUCAGAACCCGUGGCUGAGCAUUAUUUCUACACUGCCGACUUCAGGACCAUCAGCAAGAUCGGGAAGAAGCUGCAGAUGAAGAUCUGUGUUGAGGAAGAUCCGUGUGAGUGCAAAUCCAUCGUGAAGUUCCAGACCAAAGUGGAGGAGCUCAUCAAUUCCUUGCAGCAGAAACUGGAAGCUGUGGCCAAAAGAAUCGAAGCCCUGGAGAACAAGAUCAUCUAAAACCCCACCCCAGCAGUUUUUCACCUCCUUCCCAAAGUAACAGAACCAGAACUGCUCCAUUUUUCAGGGAGGGCAGCUCAGCCCCAGAGCUCUGGGCAGCUUUUGUUAAGGUCUAGGCUACCUGCAUUUGUUUAAAAGGAAGAAUUAUUACAGUAGAGCAGACUUUGUAUAAAGGGCAGAGCACAGGGUGUGACUGAGAGUUAGACCAGGCUCACGUUUGCUGCAUCCUAUAGAGUGCAUAUAUUCAAA